AUGAAUGGAAACUAUUGGGAUUCAUCCGAUCUCAAUAGUGAAGAGAAUAAAAUUAUGCUUGAACAAAAGAAUUCAAGUUUAAUUCAUGAAAAUACUGUACUCAAAGCGCAAUUCGAAAAUGCCGUUUCAAUUGGAGAUAGAAUAGAUCAAGUCAAAGUUGAAAAUGAAUCAUUACAUUCGAGAUUACGACAAGCAAUACAAGAAAAUAAUGCAUUAAGAACUCGUUUGGACAUGCUUUUAAAAACUUCAAACGAAAACAGCCAAAAGUUUAAGGCUGAAAAAGAAAAACUGAUUCGUCAGCAGAUGAUUAAUGAAGAUGAGAACAAAACUGAAACAUCGAAAUUUAGAAAGAAAUUAAUUACGGAAAUCAAGAGAGCUUCUGAUGAAAUUGAGGAUCUUUCAAAGGAAAAUGAACUCCUUAAUACAAAUUUAAAGGAAAAUGAAGCCAAAGCGCAACGUGUUCUAGAAGCAUUUUCAUUCUAUUUGAAUCGUAAAGUAUCUACCCUUGAUGAGCUAAUUGUACUUGUUGAAAAUCUUUCUAAACAAAAGAGUAUCGAAAGAGCAGAAGAUGAUUCUGUUCCGACGAAAGAUUCCAAUAAACUUUAUCAAAAGGAUGAGCCAUCAAAAGAAGAUGCCAAAAUGAAGAAGAAAAUUAAGUGUUUAUGUGAAAAACUCAAAGAAAAAGAUACAGAACUCAAGACUCUUAAAACUCAAACUGAAUCUUUGACAAAGCUUGCUAAGGAUGGUGAAAGUGCAUCACAUGAAUUAGCCUUAAUCAAAAGAAAACUAGAUUCAGCUGAAGAAGAUAAGAAACUGCUUUCAGAAGAUUAUGAGCACCAAAUUAAGAUAUUAAAUCUCAAAAUUGAAAAUCUUAAAGUAGAAAUUGCAAAGAGAAAAGAACAGAACAGUGCAGAACCGAUUGUUUUAACACAGCCAAUCACACCACUUCCUUCAGAUAGCAAUUCAUCUAGGAAGCAAACUCAAUCUGAGCCAGAAGAUAAUAUGUACUAUAAUGAACUAAAUGCAAGGGUUACUGAUUUAUCAAGGGAUCUGGCAACUGUUACAAAUGAACGAAAUAAUUUCAUUGAAAAGUUGAACGCCAUUCAAUCUGAAUAUGAUCAAUUUAAAUUAGAUACAAAGAAGCAGAGAAGCGACUUUGAUGCUUUAGCUGUUGUUCAUGAGGAAACCUUGAAAGAGCUUGAAGCUCUAAGAGAUGCUCUUUAUUCUAGGAACGCCAAACUUGAGAAGAAGGAGGAUAAAAUUCUCAGGAGAAUUGAGGAGGAUGCAGCUAAUAAAAUCCAAAAACUCCAAAUUAUUGCUGAUAAUCACAAAGAGCAAGCUCAGGAGCUACAAGAAUCGGCCAACAAGCAGAGCAAACAGAUAAAUAAAAUGAAUAUCAAAAUAAUUGAACUUCUAAAGGAAAACGAAGAAUUAAAAGAAAAACUCAAAAAAUCUGAAGAAAAUAUUGAAGAUGUAACUAGAAAAUUAUAUGAAAAACCUCAAGUUCAAGAAUCAGAUGUAAUUCCGAAAACUGCUUGGUACUUCAAUGGAUUUGAUAAAUCUUUAACAGCGAAGAUCGAUGAAAUUGGUAACAACGACAAUCUUCAGAUAACAUCAAAGAUACAGAACAUAUUCAAGUUGAUUUCCAAGCAUUACAAUAAAAAGAUUUCGAAUCUAGUUAAAGAAACUAAUGAUAUUAACGAUCAAUUUUGUUUAAUGAAGAACAUAAUAGGUCAAUUUGUUGUUGACUUGUCGAUUGCUGCUACAGAUAAAGCAAUUACAAUUGAUGAAUUAAUGCAAUCAGAAGGUCAGAACUUAAUAAGCCAAGUUUUUACCAUUAGAUCAGAGAGGGAUAACUUAUAUAGAGAAUCAAGAGAAAUUUCCGAAAAACUUGAAAAAAUUAAGAAAUCUUUUGGAAAAGAGUGUCCCAGAGUCUACAAGAAGAGAACAGAUAAGCUCAUUGGAGAACUAGAAAGUAAGUCAGAAGAAAUGGAGAAGAAAUACAAGAAAUAUAAAUGCUUAUUAACAAACUUAAAGUCUCAAAAAGAGAAAUCAGAUGUUGAAACUAAUUCAAAGUUCGAAGAUCUCCAAAACGAAAAUGCAAAGUUCAAAGAAGAAAAUACAGAAUUAACUAGUGAUAUCUCAGCUCUUAAGCACCAAGUUCAAGCUCUUACUAAUAAAUUAAGAGAAACAGAACACCAAAUCGAAGUAAAUAACAAUGAAUAUAACGCUCAAGUCGAAGAACUCAUCAAGAAAGGUAAAGAAGAGAGAAUAAGAAUAGAGGCUGAAAUGUCUGAUGAAAUUAAGAGAGUUACUGAGAAUUUAAUGUUGACAUCAGAUAACUUCGAAGAUAGUCAGACUCAAAUCAAUAAACUAAAGAGUGUUAUUGCAGCCCAGAAAGCAGCACUGGAUGAAAUGAUAUCUAAUAGAGAAUAUCAAAAGAAAGUUUCGGAAAUUGCACAAGCUUCCCAAGAAAAGAAGUAUGAACUCGAAAAACAACAAUUAAUCGACUCUUAUGAAGCAGCAAUACACGAGCUUAAAGAUCAAUCUGAAAAUUUGAGGAAAGACUUCACAAAAUUAUCGGUAGAAUUAUCAAAAACUGAAAAGUCAAAGAAAUCAGCAAGGCAACAAGUAUUUGAUGCAAUGAAUGAAAAGAAUGAACUCAUAAAUCAGCUUGAGAGUCAGAAAAGUCAAUUCGAUCGUGAAAGGAAGAUUUUGCAAUCACAAAUCUCAGCAGAAAAGUUAAAUGCUGAAGCAGCUUUCAAUAAAAACAUGGAAGAAGUUAAUAUGCAGGCAAAUAAUGAUAAGAUUCAAAUCAUGGCUUAUGCAAUUAACGCAUUCCGUGAUAAUUAUGAUGUCAAAGUUGAGAUAAACGAGAAAGCAUAUCGUAAUUGUAUCAACAAAACAAAGGAACAGAUAAGCAAGCUAAAAAGAACAGAUGAAACAAUUAGAAAGAUGGUUUGUGCAGCACCAACUCAAACAACUGAUGAUGCGGUGGCGAAAAUCAUUGUUUCUCAUUAA